CUAUGGACCGGCCGCCACUGAUUGUAGCUAUCCAUGUUGCAGAGGUCAGAUGCUAUUAGUUGUGAGUCAGCCAUAAUGAUUCAACUUUGCAGUGGAGUAAAUACACUAUGUUACCUUGUAGUUUAAUUCGAAAUGCCAUUUAAGGCAUGCACUGGUUCAGAUGGUUAUUUGUAUACCCCGUGUGUAAACAUCCCAGGAGGACAGAAUGUUGUUCUGCAGCGUGCCGCCCUGCCCCCCCACUCCUCCAGAGGAAGGGAACCAGUCACACCAGCGCACAGCAGACAUGGCUGCCGAGCGCACCGGAGCGGCUCUCGAGGAAACGGACGAGGUUCAUUCAUCAGAUUUGGAGUUUCAGGAACACGGUGGUAACAUCCCGAAGAGACAUGCUCGGGUUACCGUGAAGUACAACCGGAAGGAGCUGCAGAGGCGGCUGGACGUGGAGAAGUGGAUCGACGAGAGCCUGGAGCGACUGUACGCGGGGCAGGUGGGAUACGGAGCAGAAAAGGAGCUGUUGUUCAAAUCCCGGGAGGACACCUCACAUCUGGACUCUGAGGCGACUGACGGGGAUUAA